AUGGCAGGAGGAAAUGUACGACCAGGCCAGAACGGAGCUUGCCAAAUUAUUUACCCACAAUCGGAAGAAGCUGCAGCACCAGGAAUACUAGCAGAUGACUGUGUCUUGAAAAGAAGGGAGCAGCUUCUUCUUCCAAUUAGAAUAUUUAAGAAAUUCUCUGUACUGAACUUGAUAGAUCCUGAGCUUUCUGGAAGUGUCGAUCUCCAAAUAUUGAAGUUGGCCCAAUAUAAAACGGCGAUGAUGGCGGGCGGAUGUUAUCAUCUGGAGACCCUCCUUCCAUCCUUGCCUUGGGUUUCAUUAUCAUCGCGAGAGUAUCCUGCAUGA